CCUUGGGCGGGGGCGGGCGCGGGCGCGGCGAGGCGGGCAUGUCGAGGACCUCGAAGGCAGUGCUGGGCCUCUCGGUGGUGCUGACGGCGGCCACCGUGGCCGGCGUGCAUCUGAAGCAGCGGCAGGACCAGCAGAGGCUUCGUGACGGUGUGAUCAGAGACAUUGAGAGACAAAAUCGGAAAAAAGAAAACAUUCGUCUUUUGGGAGAACAGAUUAUUUUGACUGAGCAACUUGAAGCAGAAAGAGAGAAGAUGGUAUUGGCAAAAGGAUCUCAAAAAACAUGACUUGAAAUGAAUGUGAAAAAUCCAUGAGACAGACAGCAUUGUGUGUGUGUGUGUUGAUGGAGAGUAGCUUAGUGAAAUUUCAAUCCUUUUUUGGUCACCAUCUUUUUAAACUUGAUCAAAAAAAGGACUAUGGAUCAUAUAUUCUAAAUUAUUUAAAAAUUUCUUAUAUCUCAGUAAAGCAGUGGGCAGAUGCUUUUCUGAAGAGUUUCCAUUUGUGCGAUCCUGUUAGAAGCCCCUUUUAGCUUGGUGUGCAGAGCUUAGGACUGUUACUGAAAAGCACUUCUGAACCUGUGAGAAGGAAGAGAUGGAUAGUAGCAUCCACCUCAGUAGUUUAAUAAGUCGGCACGAUGAUGAAGCCAC